AUGUGGCGACCAACCCACCACCACCCAGCCAUCACCUGGCUCCUCCUCCUCCUCCUCUCUACCCCCCUCAUCCACGCCGUCAACACCGACGUACCCUUCCCGGGCUACCCUGCCCCUUGGGCCGUCGGUGUCGGCAGUGAAAAUGCCGCCGCUGACCCUGCCUGGGCCGAGGCCUACGCGCAGGCCAUUGAGUUUGUGUCGAACUUGACGCUAAUUGAGAAGGUUAAUUUGACGACGGGGACCGGGUGGGAGGCGGAUCGGUGUAUUGGGAAUACGGGGGGUGUGCCGCGGUUGGGGUUUCGGGGUUUUUGUUUGGAGGAUGGGCCGUUGGGGGUGCGGUAUACCCAGAACAAUUCGGCCUUCCCACCCGGUAUCAAUGUGGCCGCUACGUUUAGUCGCCGGCUGAUGCGGCUGCGAGGCGAGGCACUGGGCGAGGAGUUUGGCGGCAAGGGCAUCGAUAUCAUGCUGGGGCCGGCGGCCGGGCCGUUGGGGAGGGUACCGCAGGGUGGACGGGACUGGGAGGGGUUUGGACCCGACCCGUACCUCGCCGGCGUAGCAUUCGGCGAGACGAUCCAGGGUAUUCAGAGCCGCGGGGUGAUUGCGUGCGCCAAGCACUACAUCCUCAACGAGCAGGAGCACUACCGUGGCAGCAUCGAUGUGCGCAUCGACGACCGUACCAUGCACGAGCUGUACCUGUGGCCGUUUGCCGACGCCGUACGCGCCGGUGUAGGCUCCGUCAUGUGCUCGUACAACAAGAUCAAUGGGACCUAUGCGUGCGAGAACGAGUGGACGACGAACUAUUUGCUUAAGAAUGAGUUGGCGUUUCAGGGGUUCGUCAUGUCGGACUGGAACGCGCAACACACCACGCUCGGCUCGGCCCUCGCCGGCCUCGACAUGGCCAUGCCCGGCGACAAAGGCCCCGACCCAUACCAGUCGCUUUGGGGCGGUGGCCUGACCGAAGCUGUGCUCCGCGGGGACAUCCCCCAGUGGCGCCUCGACGACAUGGUGGUGCGCAUCAUGGCGGCCUAUUUCAAGGUACACACCGGUGACUACGCGGACUACCGCCCAGAUAUCAACUUCUCGGCUUGGACCAACGAGACCGAGGGCUACCUGCACCCGUCGAGCAACCACACGCGCACUGUCGUCAACGAGUUUGUCGACGUCCAGGCCGACGGUAAACAUGCUGAGCUGAUCCGCGAGAUUGGCGCCAAGUCGGUCGUGCUGCUCAAAAACAACGAGACCACUGCCGUGCUACCCCUGUCCAAGCCAGCCAGCAUCGCCCUCAUCGGCGACGACGCCCACGACCAGCCCGGAGGCCCCAAUGCCUGCGUCGACCGCGGCUGCUUCCAAGGCACCAUCGCCAUGGGCUACGGCUCCGGCACCGCCGACUUCCCCUAUCUCAUCUCGCCGGCCACUGCCCUGCGUCGCCAGGCUGAGGCCGACAACACCACCUUCACCACCACCCCGCCCCCCGACGGCAUCACCACGGGAAACAACUGGGACCUCGAAACCGCCCAGAAGACCGCUGCCGGUGCCGACGUGGCCAUUGUCUUCGCGGCGGCCACCGCAGGCGAGGACAUCUUCUCCAUCGACGGAAACGCCGGCGACCGCAACAACCUAACACUCUGGGGCAACGGCGACGCCCUAAUUGCCGCGGUAGCCGCGGUCAAUCCACGCACCGUGGUCGUGCUGCACACCCCCGGGCCCGUCCUGAUCGGCGACAUCCUGCACAACCCCAACGUGUCCGCAAUCCUAUGGGCCGGUUUCCCAGGCCAAGAAUCCGGCAAUUCCCUCGUCGACGUGCUCUACGGCCGCGUCAAUCCCCAGGGCCGGUCCCCGUUCACCUGGGCCGACAAGUCCGUCGAUGAGUACGGCGCGCAGCUGCUGUUUGACGCGCCGGACCCGAAACACCCCUCGCAGAGUUUUGACGAGGGCGUCUUCAUCGACUACCGCUGGUUCCAGCACAGCGCGACGGGGUACUACACCGUGCCGUUCGGUUUCGGCCUCAGCUACACCUCAUUCCGGUACUCCAACUUCACCGUCACGCUGAACGAGGACGUCAGCGGGAUCCUUGACCCGGCUAAGGGGCAGACCGCGCCGGCGCCCGAAUAUGGCGAUAUCGACCUCGACGAUGAUCCGGAGCAUCGCGCGCAGUAUGUCGCGCCGGAUGAUUUUGAGCGGGUGCUGCCGUUUUAUGUGUACUCGUGGCUGAACAAUAGCGAGACGUUGGUGGCUGGGUCGCCGGGGAAUAUUAGUGAUUUCCCGGAGGCCGCCCGUGACGGUUCGCCGCAGCCUGUGUUGCCGGCCUCGGGGGCGCAGGGGGGACAUCCGGGGCUGUAUGAUGUGUUGUAUACCCUGACGGCGUACAUUGAGAAUCAGGGGAAUGUUACCGGGACGGAGAUCCCGCAGGUGUAUGUCCAGCUAGGCGGCCACGAAAACCCGUGGGGCGUUCUCCGCGGCUUCGAGGAGGUUGAGCUAGCGCCCGGAGAGACCAAAGAGGUGACCUUCAACCUCACGCGCCGCGACGUCAGCAACUGGAAUACCACAACCCAGGCCUGGGAGUUCACGACCCGCGAGAAGGUCGUCUUUGUUGGGUCGAACGUCCGCGAUAUCCACCUUAAUUCCUCGCUGCCGGCGCCUAAGGGGAUUACCUACACGUAUCCGUAG